AUGAUGGCAUCUCAGCAAGUAUCUAUAUCGCGAGAGGCUGUUGUCAGGUUGGCAGAUACCGAGCUGCUUGACCUGAAUGGCGCUAUUCGGAAUGCCUUGGAUGAAGCCUACCUCGAUUGGCCCAAUGAAGCUGGGUUUUCCAACCUUGACGAGCAUCGCGGCCCGAUCGAGCUCCCCAUCCGAGGCCGUAUUCCCUCUUGGGCUGCCGGCUCCCUCUUUCGCACUGGGCCUGGCGCCAACAAGAUCGACAAUACUCCAAAUGGAACGCUUCACAUCUCCCACUGGUUCGAUGGCCUCGCCCACAUCCACCGCUUCGAUAUCAUUGCCGGUAUAGACGGCGUUGAAGCCAGAGUCUUCUAUUCUUCCCGGCGGCAAUGUGACCGUUUCAUAGAACAUGCGCAGGAGAGCGGAAUACACGACCUCAUCACCUUUGCACAACGGUCUGACCCCUGCAUUGGCUUGUUCAGCAAGAUAGUGAGCGCCUGGAUGGUUGCCCAGCCAGGCAGGGAGACGAAGAAAGUGGAGAACGUUGGCGUGACAGUGCAGCUUGACGUCCCCGGCCUUGCACCAGCGACCCGGAGUGAAGCUCAGCCGCAGAAGACUGUGUGGCUUGGCACAGACUGCCAUCUCCUCCGCGAAGUUGACGGACAUACCCUUGAGCCCAUCAGCUUUGCACAACAAGAUGACAUUCAUCCGGAACUUGAUGGACAGCUAUCUUGCGCCCACGUUCAGCGGUGUCCAACAACAGGCGACUACUUCAACAUCAACAUCAACGCAGGACACCCAGCUACCUACAAAGUCUUUCGAGUAUCCGCAGCCACCGGAGAAACCGAGGUACUUGCAACUAUCAAUCGAUCAGACGUGCCGAUGGCAUAUAUCCACAGUUUCUUCUUGAGCCAACAUUUUGUUGUGUUGCGAGUACCGAGCUCUCACAUUGCUCUAGAUGGGAUCAGCAUCUUAUGGAAGAGGAACGUGAUGGACGCAAUGAAGCCGUUCGACAAGAGCAAGAAGAACAAGUGGUUCAUCAUCGACAGAUUGCGGGGAAGGGGAGUCGUCGCCGAGUUCGAGACAGAGGCGGCAUUCUUUUUCCACACGGUCAACUGCUUCGACAAGAUGUAUCUUGACAGAGAGGAUGAUGUGGGAAAGUGGAGCAUCAGCUGCGAUACGAUCGAGUACCCGAAUAUGAACAUCCUAAAAAGCCUCUACUACGAGGUCUUGUUAAACCAAGAUUACAAAGCGAGGGCAAUUUGGGGAAUUGAAGACAAAGUAAGAGAUACCUUACCGCGCCUUACGAGAUGGAAGUUCACUCUUCCUCUGCACCAUCCUAUUCCACCUCAGGUCCCACCGUCACGCGUAUCAAAGCUUCACCAUCGGUUGAAGGCAGUGACUGAGGGACUGGGCCGAAAGCUUCGUGAGACAGCCGACACGGUCGUUGCGGUAGUUGGGGGCUUAUCUAGCGUGGUGCUUUCUUUGCUGAGGCCCGAGCUGGCCUUCCAACAAGUCCCAUUGGAAGAGUGCUUGCAAGAGGAUAGGAACAACGAGCAGAGAUUCCAGGCCACGACCAGCACUUUCAGCCAUGGGAAGGCAGUGUUCAUGCCUGAGUCAGCAUCAUCCAUUAACAUACCCUCUCCACAUGUUGGGGAGCUGCCUACAAUCAAUCCUGCCUAUCACACGAGGCCCUACCGUUACGUGUACUCAUUGGCGAUGAGUGGAAGGUCCACGCUCGUGGACACGAUAGUGAAAACGAACUUGGUCUCACGAGUCGUCCUGCAAUGGAACAACCCGCUAGGGCACACGCCAGGGGAGGCGAUUUUUGUGCAACGACCAGGGGGUGUGAAGGAGGACGAUGGAGUCUUGCUGAGUGUAGUGUUGGAUGGAUUCAACAAAACGAGCUAUCUGUUGUGCCUGGACGCCCGGACCAUGCGUGAGAUUGGCAGGGCCGAGAUGGACUUUGCGGUUGGAUUCGGGUUUCAUGGUGUGCACGCCCCGGACAUACCAGCCACCACCACGUCAGAGUCGUCGGGCGAGAGUGAGGAGAAAUGA